AAAUUCUACUUCUAGUUACUCUCUUCUGGUUUCACUGAAAGAGUCCAUCACCAACAGUUCUGUGUUGUUGAAUUAGUUCUAUGAUGAUGGGUUGCUGCUUUAGUGCAAAGGUCAAAGCUGAGAGUCCUACACAUAAUGGUUUGAAUUCAAAGGUUGGUGGAAGAGAAGAGGAUGUUUCGAGCGGUUUAAGCAGAAAGGCAUCUUCUCCACAUUUGCUUUUAACUUCUAGGACUGAGGGUGAGAUAUUGCAAUCCAUCAAUUUGAAGUCUUUCACAAUCAAUGAAAUAAGAACCGCGACAAGGAACUUUCGUCCAGAUAGUAUGGUCGGUGAAGGUGGAUUUGGUUCCGUAUUUAAGGGUUGGAUCGAUGAGCACACACUAGCCCCUACUAAACCAGGUACUGGUUUUGUCAUUGCUGUCAAGAGGCUUAACCAAGAAAGCAGUCAGGGGCAUAUUGAAUGGUUGACAGAAAUCAAUUACCUUGGACAGCUUCGUCAUCCUAAUCUUGUGAAAUUGGUUGGUUACUGCUUAGAAGAUGACUACCGGAUUUUGGUAUAUGAAUUUGUGACAAAAGGAAGUUUGGAUAAUCAUUUGUUUAGAAGAGCUUCUUACUUUCAGCCACUCUCUUGGAAAAUCCGAAUGAAGAUAGCUCUUGAUUCUGCUAAGGGACUUGCAUUUCUUCACAGUGAUGAAGUCGAAGUGAUAUAUCGAGACUUCAAAACUUCUAAUAUCUUGAUUGAUUCUGACUAUAAUGCAAAACUCUCCGAUUUUGGGAUGGCAAAAGAUGGACCGGAAGGUGGUAAGAGCCAUGUCUCUACAAGGGUAAUGGGCACCCCUGGUUAUGCAGCACCUGAGUAUCUAGCAACAGGUCACCUGACCAAAAAGAGCGAUGUAUACAGUUUUGGAGUCGUUCUUUUAGAAAUUAUGUCAGGCAAACGUGUAUUGGAUAAAAACAGGCCAACUAAGGAGCAUAAUUUAGUUGAAUGGGCGAAACCUUUACUUAUCAGUAAACGCAAAAUAUUUCAAGUCAUGGAUGCUCGUAUUGAAGGUCAAUACUCGACGCGUGAAGCAAUGAAAGUAGCUCAGAUUGCAAUGCAAUGUAUGUCGGUAGAACAAAAAUAUAGACCAAACAUUGAUGAGGUGGUGAGAUCAUUGGAACAACUUCAGGAUCUCAAUGACAAAACAAAUGGUAUUAGUUCAAGCAGCAGCGGUUUAGAUCAGCUUGGAAAAAGUGUCGAUGAAUCACUAACCGGAGAAGGUAGUUCUAAUAUAAGUUCAUCUGCUUCUCCUCUUCGAUCUUCAUAAGUAGAAGAAGAAAUUUUUGGACAUAUUACAUAUACCUCUGACAUUAUACAUAUAUAACUAUACAUUAUGUUAAAGAAUAUAUAUAUAGAUAUUGUGCUUCCUAUAUUUAUGAA